CAUCAUUAUAAUCCCCGGCAUCAUCCCCAAAAAUCAACUUUGAAUCAAGCAAAAACCAAACACAAAAUGGAGAAUCACAAGUUGUUAUUCCUAUUCACCGUCGCCCUAAUAAUCAUCGCGUUCACUCACAAGCUCUUGCGCCGAUUGAUCGCAAGAAGUCCCAAGAAGAACCACCCUCCAAGCCCGCCUUCCAUCCCCGUCAUCGGCCACCUACACCAUCUCAAGAAGCCCGUCCACCGGACCCUCCUCGCUCUCUCCCGCGCCUAUGGCCCGGUCCUCUCCCUCCACUUUGGCAUCCGCCACGUCGUCGUCGUCUCCUCCAUGCCUGUCGCUGAAGAAUGCUUCACCCAGAACGACGUCGUCCUCGCAAACCGACCGAAGUUCAUCAUGGGCAAGUACCUCGGGUACAACUACACCACCGUUGCCGUCGCCCCCUACGGCGAUCACUGGCGCAACCAGCGCCGCAUCGGCGCUGUAGAGAUCUUCUCCUCGCACCGCCUGGACACGUCGCUCGGAAUCCGCAACGAUGAGGUCCAGCGCCUCUUGAGGAAGCUGCUCCGGUGGCAAAGCGGCGGCGACUUCGUGAGGGUGGAGCUGAGGGCGGCACUGACGGAGCUGACGUUCAACGUGAUGAUGAGGAUGAUGGCAGGGAAGAGGUACUACGGGGAGGAUGUGAGCGACGUGGAGGAGGCAGCGACGUUCAGGGACAUCAUCAAGGAGAUCUUGAAGUACUCGGGGAGCUCGUACCCCGGGGACUACCUGCCUCCGCUGAGGUGGAUCGACUACGGCGGGUACAUGAAGAGGAUCUUCGAGCUCGGGAAGAAGACGGACGGGUUCUUGCAGGGGCUGAUCGAUGAGCAUCGGAAGAAGAAGGAGGGGGAGGAGGAGAAGAAGAGCAUGAUCGAUCACUUGCUGGUGAUGCGGGCGUCGCAGCCGGAGUAUUACACAGACGAGAUCAUCAAGGGCUUCUUGCUGACACUCUUGGUUGCUGGAACCGAUACAUCAUCUAUCACAGUGGAGUGGGCGCUAGCCAAUUUGCUCAACCAUCCCAACAUCUUAGAAAAGGCAAGAAAAGAGAUAGACUCCCAAAUCGGCUGGGAUCGUUUGACAGACGAAUCGGAUCUUGCGAAGCUACCUUACCUUCAGAACAUUAUCUCUGAGACGCUUCGCUUACACCCACCUGUCCCGCUUCUCCUACCCCACUACUCAUCCGAUGAUUGCACAAUAGGAGGGUACGACGUGCCCCAUGACACAAUAGUGAUGAUCAAUGCUUGGGCCAUUCACCGAGACCCUGAACAAUGGCCCGAUCCGACGGCCUUCAAGCCAGAAAGGUUUGAAAGUGGUGAUGGUCAAAUGAAUAGGUUGAUAUUGCCUUUUGGGCUGGGAAGGAGAGCAUGCCCUGGUGCACCUUUGGCUCAUAAAAUGGUGGGCUUGACUUUGGCUUCACUCAUUCAAUGCUUUGAAUGGAAGAGGACUGGUGAAGAGGAAGUUGACAUGGGUGAGGGGGAAGGUCUCACAAUGCCCAAGGAAAAGCCAUUGGAAGCAUUGUGCAAAGCACGUGAGAUCAUGAAUAAAGUUCUCCCUUAAUCAUCUAUGAUGUAUGAGCACAUUUACGUUGGAGUACAACAGGUUAUUUUUAAUGGUGUAAUAUUGUGCUAACAUUUGAUUGCUUUUGUUUUAGUUUAUAAGUGCAGCUAAAGAAAUAUGCGUAAUUGAUGUACAUUGCAGGCCCUUAUGUCAACAA